GAAAACCCAAACCAUUGUCUAUAUUCUUCAUUUAGUUCAUAACAUUUCAUAACUUCAAUAUCCUUUUAGUCAUGGCAAACAAUGAAAAGGGUUUAUCCAAAACUGUCUCACCAAAUCAUAACUCAGAAAAUGAUGUCAUUGUCAACAUAAGUAGACAUGGUGUUGAUAGUGUUAUUGCUGGAAGUGAAAGACGAUCCAAAAGUGAUUCUGCAAUUUCAGAUCCUAAGCUUAGAGGCAUUGCUAUGGAGCCAACGAGCACUAACUUUCUUCAUCGAAAACGGAAAAUUUCUGAAGAAGAAGAUGAAGUGACGAGUAAAAAGAUCAUAUUGCAUAAUGAUCUUUCUGCUGAAGAAAUUAGAGAACAAAAGAAAGUGGAUCUUCCAGUAAAAGAUAACUUUGUUGCUGAUGAAGUUGGAGAUGAAGAUAAAGUUGAACCUAGUGAGAAUAGAAAAGAGGCUGAGGAAAAAGCUGAGUCUUCUCGUGGAAUUGGAAAUGGAAAAGCUAACUGGAUCAACACAUUUGAUUUGAAUGAACUUCCCAGUGAUGCAGAUGAAGAUGAAGAAAACAAUGCAUAAAAUUUACAUUGAUGUAUUAUGAUUGUGGUAAAAAUACUCUUAUAAUUUACUUUUGAAGUUUAGACUUAAUUAUGUUUUACUAUAUAUUUGAUUUAGUAUGACUUUUGAAUAUUUAUAUUAGCAGUGUAACUUUUCUUAUUUCUGUGUUGAGUAUGUUUUCUCAUUGUUGAUAUAUAUAUUUUGAUUGAUUGAUUGAA